CCCAAGCACGAAAAUUUAACGAAUUCGUAACGUUAACGUAUCGAGCCCUCGAUACGUUAACGUUACUCCGCAGCACGAACAAAAUUUUGCCAACUAUCGUAAGCUCGAUUCGAAUACGUUAGUGACGUCAUCCUAACGUAAGUAGGGACGGUCCUUGUGGAAUGAAAUGAUUAUCAUACGGAAUUAAUGAUUCGUUCGGAAACUUAACAAAGUUGUCAUUUUAUUUCAAGCUCCUGAAUUUACAGUUUAUCUAAUUAAAAAAUAAUAAACUAGUGCAUAUAAAGUGAAGUACAUAUGAAGAAAGAUAUUUAGGAACAUGAUAUGACAUUAAAAUCGACGGAAUAACAUAGUGUCUUGGAUAUCAAAACAAAACAUUUCGGAUUCCGAACGAAUCCACUUGAUAUCGGCCAAGGCUAAGUUUGUUUAUGUUUGCUUUAGUUCUUGUGAAGAGCGAAGGUGUUUCAUUGUAUUUAUUAAUUUAGUACUUAUUUUUCAAGAUUUAACUAUUUAAAUAUGAGAACUAGUCACUCACAGUAUUUAACAAUGGUGGAAUUUAUGGAAGCAAAUGGAGAUUUAUCAAAACCGUCAGGUGGUCCACGAGGUCGCAAUUUUAUACAGAUGAAGUGGAAGGAGUUAACGGGAAUAUUAAAUAGCGAUUCUUCAGGAGAUCCUAAGAGUGAGGACAAAUGGCGUAAGGUGUGGAGUGAUUAUAAGAAUAAUUGCAAGAAAAAGUGUGCUAAAAUUAACAGAGCUGCUAGUGGCACUGGUGGCGGACCAGCGCUCCAUUUAUUAUUAACUGACCUUGAACAAAGGGUCAUGCAGAUAAUUGGAGUGCAGGCAGCUACUGGCAUGGAAAUAAAAGAAGCUGGGUUUCCACAAGAAGAAAUUUCAACUGAGAGGCCAAAUACUGAAAUUAUUUUAAAGGAACCAGAAAUAGAUUGGAAUACUCCGAGCACAAGCAGCCAACCAACAGUGGCUCCACUGCCACAAACUGAGGCUUCCCCUCCAGUCAUUGACGAAGAGGAGUGGAACCCUCCACCACAAAAAAAAAGAAAAAGCAAUUUGACAAAAAUGUUUUUAGAUAUAGACAGAAAGACAAGGGAGUAUGCUUCAGAGCGUGAUAGGGUAUAUGAGGAAUUAGAGAGAGAUCGGUUGAGAGUUAGAGAAUUUGAGGUACGAGAAAGAGUAAGACAGCGAGAUGAAGAGCUACGGAUGCAGGGUCAAUGGCUGGAAUUUAUGAAAGAGGCAAUGGAAGCUUUUGUGAGGUUUAUGGAGAGAAAGUCAAGUUAAGCUUAAUUACUA